CCAGUCUUCUCCGUAUCAGAAGCGAAUUGGAGUUUGCAUGGAAGGGAAAUGUUGUCGUACUCGUCAAGAAAACAAGUCAAUAGUAGACGGAACAGAACUAAUUUAUAUUAACAUUCUCAGAUAGCAUAAUAACUCAAACACGAGAUUGGAGUUGAACGGUGGGAGUGUACAGUUAUGGAGCUUAAUAAAGAAGAAGCUGCACUGGAGGAUGACAGCAGAGGGCGGCAGAGGGAUGGUCUGACAAGUGUCGUCUCCUCGAAACAAGUGCAAAGAAACCAGCUGGAGAUCUGUCCGGGUUUGGUGUCUGGAGAUACACAUCCUAUGUGCCGCGGCCGGGAUAGGAGUGAUCCGGAGCCCAAGGCUGGUGACGCAGCAAGUGACGACGGCUUUCCUGUGGAUAAAAAGAGAGACAGUGAUUGCACGACAGUAAACACCGAGGGGCUGUCAGAUGGCCGGCAGGGCAAGAAAAAACACCGGCGACGACCUUCCAAGAAGAAGCGCCGCUGGAAACCUUACUUCAAAUUAACCUGGGAGGAGAAGAAAGAGCUAGAUGAACGUGAGACCGCCCGUGCAUCUCGGGUGCGCGCUGAGAUGUUCGCGAAAGGUCUGCCCGUUGCCCCAUACAACACCACCCAAUUUCUGAUGGAGGAGCACGACCGCGAAGAACCUGACCUCAACACGGAGCUAGGCGGCAGAAAGUCUGGGGCGAUUCGCUCCGAUGACACAGCUAGCGAAGAUGAGAAUUUCGAAGGAGAAGAUGAAGACGAGGAAGAGGGCGGCGGUGGCGGAGGCAGCGACGGUAUGGGCAGACCCGGGCACGCAGGCGGAGAGUUUUUGCAGAGAGACUUUUCUGAGACCUAUGAGCGGUACCACGUCGAGACUCUCCAAAAUAUGUCUAAACAAGAACUGGUUAGGGAAUACCUGGAGCUCGAGAAAUGUAUGUCACGGUUAGAGGAAGAGAACAACUGGCUUCGCCACCUCCGUAGAAACCCCGAGUCCCCGGCAGACGGCACCGGCGUUCAGCGCGUGCGGGAGCUGGAGAUUGAGGUGGAGAGACUGAGAGCCGAGAACAACGAGUUAUUACUCAAAACCCCUAAAAGCAAAGGUCCAGGACUCGAUCAGUCUCAGUCGUGUUGAAUCAGUGUUUUAUUCCUGUUGUACGUCACAUCGUUGCACUGUCUUACUGUAAACAAAUGUAAACAUCUCUUUGGUAGCCAAUACCCUCUCAGCCUUUGCCGUUUGAAGGUUAUAUAUUUUUUAUGGUUUUUAUAAUGUUGUUUUUUUUUUUUUCUCUCUUAGGACAGAAUUUUAUUUAAAUCUUUCAUGCGCUCCCACAUAUUUGGUCAAGCCACAACAAUAUACGUUUGUGAUUUGUACAAUUGAACUCUGAAAAAAUGAAUAACCUACAAUGUUAUGUAUAAAAUUAAAGAAAGAUCAGAGACUACUCUUGUUAAUUUUCUGAGUAUAUGCCAUAACCUCACAAAUUAAAUUUCAGUUGUCAAUUGCCAUAGUACUUAAAUAUUUAACUUGCAUUUAAUUUAAAAACAAAACAUUUAGCGCUUCAGAUUCCUAUUUGUUGGCGCACAUGCUUUAUGUGUGUUGAUGCAUGGUAAGACCGUAUGUUGUAAACCGUGGGAAACCGUUUAUGGUGUUUUGCCCAAAUAUAUUAAAUUAUUUUGUAUUUUAGUUGUAAUUUUAUUUGUCUUUUUAUGUUGCCUGCUAUAUUUUGUCAGUGUUUAAAUUAUAAAUAUCCAAACCUUAA